AUGGACAGCAUCCACGGCAGCCACUCGCCACGAGCGUCCUCGAGUAGCACAACAUCAGCAGCACAGCAAGUCUUCAGCUCUCUCCUUGUCCCAAGCCCACUUACCUCCUCUUCCUCUCCCGCCGAGGUUCGCGAACACUUCGACUCCCGUCUAAAGGACAAGCGUCUGCAGCUCUCCAAUCCAGAUCGAUCCAGGCCCAAGCCGGAGAGCGGGAGCAAUGCGCAGAUCAAGCUGGGUAGGAGGGAGAAGAAGGCCAGGAAGCAGCUUGGCAGUAUGGGACCCCCUCGGGAAAAGAUCGCUGCCGAUGGGAGCGGCAAGGGCAAGGCUAGGAUGACAGAGAAUCCAGUCGUCAGGGAAAGUGACAGGCUCCUUUCUAAGCGCAAGAGGAAGCAUCGCGGUAUAGAAGGGAUGGAUGAGGAGAUGAGCUACGAGGCUCUGCUCCCACUCGCGGAUCUCUGGAAUUCUUACAUACAACAAUUCCUUGGUCUAGUCAGACUACAGACCCCUCGAGCAGGCCCAAAUGACCCCAAUCCGUCCUCCUCAGAUCUUCCACCCCAGCUCGUCCCCAACCUGCAAGUCAUCAGACCUUCCCCUGCCUCUGCCUCUUCCUCCAGAGGCAUUCCAGUAAGCUCCUCCUGGCGUCUGGCGAGCGAAUCCGCCCUGAGUAACGUGCAAUCCCAAGUCUGCAAAGCCGAUCUCCUCGGUGCACACCUCGAAGUCGUCCGGGCGGGGAACCCUUCCCUCGUGGGUACGCACGGGCUGGUCGCAAGAGAGACGGAGGGCUGUUUCCUCCUUGCGCUAGACCCGCCGAGCAUGCCCACCACCACCGCGCGGCAGGCUGAAGGAGAAGAAGAGGGGAAACAGGGGGUACGUCGCUCCCGAAGGCGUUUCUUCAAGGUGGUGCCGAAGCACAAUGUGACGUUCAGUCUUCGGGUUCCUCUACCUCCCCUCCCUUUCACACCUCAAGCGCCUGAGCUCAGAGGGGGUACCGCCGGGUGUGUGCUAGAGAUCCCACUGCAGGGUAAUCAGAUGAGCAGCACGAUGGUCACGAGGGCGUCGAAGAAGUGGAAGCAGAGGAAGACGAUGGACUACUGA